AGAGGCAAGCAGGCAGAGGGAGGGAGUGAGGGAGGCUGGAGAAAUAUAAAAGAGACGGAGGUACAGCAGACAGCACGGUGGAUUAAAUCCCGUCUGAAGCUCGAACCAUGUUGCUGCAGACUAUCUCUGUGCUCUCCGUCACCGUUGUUCUCUUCGGCUCCCUGGAAGGGAAGGGAGUGCAGAUGCAGAGGGACGUCCAGUGCUGUAUGCAGUACUCGCAGGGGAAAGUGCGGACCAAAGAUGUUCUCAAGUUUGAGGUGCAGACAGAGGGGCCAGACUGCAGCAUACGAGCCAUCAUAUUGUACACCAAGAAGGCGGUGAAGUGUGCAGACCCCAGGGACAAGAAAGUGAAGAGGUUACUACGGAAACUGGUCCAGAGGCAAAGAGGCAAAGCCCACAGGACCACGUGGCUCCAUCCGCGCGGGAAUCUGCCUGUAAUGUCGGAGAUCCAGUAAACGAUGAGGAAGAGACGACUGAUCACUCCAGCCUUUUCAUCUUUGUCACUAUCUUCUUGAAAGUAUGUAGACCCAUAACUUUCAUUACCAAACAGUAUGCUAUCCCAGCAAGAUUGUGAUAUUUAGAUGUCUUCUGACCUGACUGUUAAUCUAUAUGCCAAAGUAUACUCCUUUUUAACUCUGUACUUCAAGCUUGUUCAUUAUCUAUCUAUACUAUAUCUACACCUUAUAAGUUAUACAAGCUGUUAUAUAGAGUUAAAGUGAUACGACUGUUCUUGGCUCAAAUAUAGUGCAAUUACCGAUUCUAUUAUGUAUGGUAAUGCAAUCGAUUUUUUAUAUAUAAAGAAAUACA